AUGACCCAAGUCGACGUAGCGACGAAAGCUCCCGAGAGCGAUGCCGCCGAGACGGUAUCCGAGAGUGUCACUGAGCCCACGACAGAGGCCACCUCUGCUGCCGACACACCAGCUCAGUCUACUAGCCCGACUACCACAACUGCAGGAGCUGGAGAGCACAGCGAGCACUGCGUGACGGACCGCCCGACUCCUGCUGGCCAGUCUUCGAGUGGAGAGAUCAUCAAGAUCAACGGUGUUGAUGUCUACGUCUCCAAGCCCGCCGACUAUCCUCAUGCGCCCUCCAGACUCCUCCUCCUCCUGACCGGCGGCACGGGCCUCAAGUCGACGAACAACCAGAUCCAGGCAGACAAGUUCGCGAGUGAAGGCUUCGUGGUGGUCAUGCCUGACUUGUUCAAUGGUGAUGCCGCGCCCAACUCGUCAAGAUUUGACGACACCGAGGAUACUGGGUCGUUCCUCGACACCUUCAAGCUCAAGAUCGUCGAGACGGCAAAGAGCUUCCAGAUUGAUAUGUGGCUCGCGCGGCAGACGGAGGAGAAGGUCCUGCCCAUCCUCUACAAGGUGGUUGACGGUUGCAAGGAGAAGUUCAGUGACGCGGUCAAGAACGGUGACGGCGUCUAUGCUGUCGGCUACUGCAUCGGUGGACGAUACAUUUUGCACCUCGGAUCCGACAGAAGUGUGCCAACAGGUGGCCAGGGCGCGGCGGCUGACGCUGAAGCUGGGGAGGUCAAGAAGGGGCCCUUCAUCAAGGUCGGCGCCAUUGCACACGGAGCAUCCGUCAUCCCCGACGAUUUCAACGGCAUCAAAGUACCGAUAUCCUUGGUUUGUGUUGAGAACGACCCUCUUUUCCCCGAGGAGGUUCGCACCCACGGUGAGGAUGUCAUGUCCAAGGCGAAUUUGGAACACGAGGUCCAAGUCUACCCUGGCGUACCUCACGGCUUUGCCGUUGUCGGUGAAUACCAGGAUGCGUCAAUCCAGGAAGCCCAGACCACCGCAUAUGAGCAGAUGCUCAAGUGGAUCAAGGAGCACUAA